CAUGCGCAGAGGAGGAGAAUGGAAAAGCGAAUGGAGUUUUCAGUUCGGAUGGACAGAGUGUGAGUGAGUGAGUGUGUGUGAGUGUGAGUGUGUGGAGCUGGUGUUAGUGCGGUGUAUGAGUGUGUGUGAGAGAGAAGGAGAGAGAGAGAGUGUGUGUGUGUGAUGAGCCUGUAGUUGGAGUAAAGCCUGCAACACACACACACGCGCACAGCGAGGGGAGCGCGAGCGGUUCUUCAGGACUGGACUUUUAAUCAUGUCUACAAAUAAAGUCAAGAAAGUGAAAAUGGCCACUAAAUCGUGUCCGGAAUGUGACCAACAGAUUCCCGUAGCCUGUAAGUCCUGCCCGUGUGGCUACGUCUUCAUCAGCCGAAAGCUUCUCAAUGCGAAGCUGAGCGAGAGGUCGCCCCCUGGUUUAGAUAAACUGGAUGCGAAAAGAAGACGGACAGAAAGAAUAAGAAAGGAGAAGAUCAACUUAACGUCCACCAGUGAUAUGGAAAACAGGAGGCGGUCCCGAACCAACAGCCAAUCGGAUCCGAUCCGGAGAGGGCGGGGCAGACCAAAGACUGUUGGUCUGAAGAAGCAGGAAGAGGAGAAAGAAAAACAGGAAAAGGAGGUCGACAUUUAUGCCAACCUGUCAGACGAGAAGGCUUUUGUUUUCUCCGUGGCCUUGGCUGAGAUCAACCGCAAGAUCCUGGGCCAGAGACUCAUCCUGUAGGGGGGAGGGGCUAAAGUGAAUGAUUGACGGGCAGAAAUCAGGACUCCUGCAUGGACCUAUAGGUGACCUUUGUGCCAGAGAGAGGAAGGGGAGGGGCUCUGGGACCCAGGAGGGCUUUGGACUGUCAGCGGGACGCUGUCGGGCAGGCAGGUGUUUGGAGUCACGUGGAGGCGCCUGGUCUGCAUAUUUGGAGGAGGGAGAACUGACUGUAUUCUGAAAAAUACGAUUCUGAACAUGGACAGUUUUAGGAAUCUUAUCUAUUUAUCAUUAAAAUCAGAUUUUAUGGAAUGUGUUAAAGGAUAGGUGUCUCUUUUUGUUGUUCUUUGGAUCCUUUUGAAGGGGAAUUCCUCUGAUGGUUUCUGCAUAAUGUAGAAUGUCUGCAUAAUAAGGUGUGGUUCGGUGUGAAAUGUGGUGGCGAUGGGAACCAGGAGUCGCCAUGACAACACAAAUAUAGACAUUUUAUUUAGUCAUAGUGUUGAUAAUGGCAAAAUAAUGGUAAAUCCAAAAAAAGGGGUGUGUGCUUCACUGCCUCCUGGAUGUAACUGUUCACGUUUUAAAAAGUACAUUUUAGGUCAAGACUUUCUCAAAACUAUCCUAAAACAGUGUCUCAGUCAUCAGGCAGUGAAUUCAUAACCUCUUCAUUUAGUAACUUUCUGUGUGGGAGCUUUUAGAGGUGGACGUCUGGUUCCUAUCACCACCACUGUGAACAGUUCUGACUCAUUAAGUUUCUCUAGAACUAGAACAUUUUUCACACCAAACCACUCUGAACGACUCAUCCAAGCCAUUUAAGUGUUCAGAAAUUUUUAAAAAUCUGCGGAAUUCCCCUUCAGCUGCAUUUUGUCAUGAGUGGCAGGUUCCUGUUCACCCAAGAACGUUUAUUUCAGUGAGGUUUUCUGAAACAGCAAAGUGGUUACAGGUGUGAACAAAACUCCUUAUAAGUAUUAGAGCUUGACCGAUACAUUGGUUGGCUGAUAAUAUCGGCUCAUUGUUUUAGCAGUAUCGGCAAAAACGUUGCAGAUAGCACGUCAUUAAUUACUGACUUUUUUGGUCAUGACAUCACCAGCAUUCAAACUCUUGAUCUCCUGAUGAUAUUCAGACUUUAGUAUGAAAACCAUGUUAUAACAUACACAGCCUUUUCCUUACGAGGAGAUCAAAACAGCCUAAAAUACGGUGAUCGUGCCCUGCAGGAGAUUUUACACAUCAUAUGUCUUUAUUUAUUAGCAUCACACACACAGACUCAAAACGAAGGAUGUUUAGGUCUCAAAUAAUCUCAAAAUCAACAUCACACUGAUGAAGAUGAGAUGCUCAUAGUAGAUAAUUCACUCACAUCCUCAGAGACGCUCCCUCAACAAGUUUACACUGAGUUCUCUCUGAUUCUCUUUCAGUCAUCAGAUUCAUCCUCUCAGGGAAGGGGUUGUUCUGCAUGUUGCAUGUAAUUACCCAUUUCCACCAGAGAGGCCUCCAAAUCCCCAAAAACAUACAUAGUGUAGCUUUAAAUGAGCUAUUUAUUUGAGAUUAAGAAGACAGUCAAUAAUCAGUCAGCAAAGCACUCUUUUGCUAAAACUAUUCGAGUAUAACAUAUAAAUAUAAAUUAUCUGGGCCGAUAUUAUUGAUUAUUUGAUUUGUAGUCUCUUAAAAUUGGCAUUGGCCUCAAAUUUAUUGGUCAAGCCCUAACAAAUAUACCGAGUUUGACCCUGAAGUGCUCCAAAAUCAUUAAAAUAAGCGUUUAGGGUGGGACUAGCAGCAGGUUCAAAUGUGAAAGAUCAAGAUUACCUUCAGAAGUACUGAGUCUGCAGAUUAAGGUUUUCCCAGUCAUUGUCCUAAACGUUCAGGGCCUGUUUUCCUGGUCUUGGAUUAGUAGCAUUACUGAUGGUGGUCCAUCACUGAAAAGCCUAAGUAGCUUAAUCUGCGUCCAGGAAACCGACCCUCAGACUGUUUGUUGGGAGGAGGAGUUCACCAAAAAGGGUCGUUUUUUUUGUAUAAAGCUGUGGCCCAGCUGAUCAGAUGGUCGGUACUGUAUCUGCCGCUUCAAGCUCACUGUAAGCUGAUCUACGUUGUUUAUUUUGAAGUGCCAGUGAGCCAUUCUGUUUCAGGAGCGCUGCUUAUCAAAGGGGGGGCUCUGAAACUAAUGCCUGCUUAGUGCUUAUUUAUUACCUCUCCCACCAUAAUUUAAGUGCAUAUUUUGUUAUUUUUCUCCAUUUUUUUUUUCCACAAUUUUUGUUUCACAAAUGGUAAAAGCAUACAUGUGUAAUAAUCACUCUGUUCAGUAUUAUAUUAUUAAACGUCCUCUGCAAGUUUA